CCAUCAACCAGCAAGAUUUCGCCCAAAAGCAGACAGGAGGAGCGCCCCGCGCUGACCAGGCUGGUGGGCAGGAAGCGGCUGAUCGCAGCCGGGGUGCUCGGAGUGGUCAUGGUGCUGCUGCUGGUCGUGCUCAUCCCCGUGCUGGUCAGCUCCGCCGGCACCUCGGCGCACUACGAGAUGCUGGGCACGUGCAGGAUGGUGUGCGACCCUUACGGCACCAAGUCUCCCACAAGCGCGGCCACGGCGGCGGACACGGCGCGGGACGGCGGCCUCGUGCAGUCGCUGCCCACUUUCAUCCAGGGACCCAAAGGGGAGCCGGGGCGGCCCGGGAAGGCGGGGCCCAGGGGCCCACCCGGAGAGCCAGGACCACCCGGACCCGCCGGCCCGCCCGGAGACAGAGGGGAGCCGGGACGUCCCGGCUUACCCGGACCCCCGGGACCCAACGGCGCGGGCGCCAUCAGCGCGGCCACUUACAGCACCGUGCCCAAGAUAGCCUUUUACGCGGGACUGAAGAAGCAACACGAGGGCUACGAGCUGCUCAAGUUCGACGACGUGGUGACCAACCUGGGCAACCACUACGACCCCACCACGGGCAAGUUCACCUGCUCCAUCCCGGGGAUCUAUUUCUUCACCUACCAUGUGCUGAUGCGGGGCGGAGACGGCACCAGCAUGUGGGCAGACCUGUGUAAAAACAACCAGGUCCGAGCGAGCGCCAUCGCCCAGGACGCGGACCAGAACUACGACUACGCGAGUAACAGCGCGGUGCUGCACCUGGAGCCCGGGGACGAGGUCUACAUCAAACUGGACGGAGGCAAAGCCCACGGGGGCAACAAUAACAAAUACAGCACCUUCUCUGGCUUUAUCAUCUACGCCGAUUAGGACAACAGCUCCUUCCCCACCCCCACCUGAGCUGCCCCAGCCCGUG